AUGGCACCCCAUAUGACCGAGCCCGGUCCGUCGAGGGAUCGGGAUGAGCUCAUGCCCAUGACGGGGUCGUCUCCAAUGUUGCGGGCAGCGGGCCCAUCCAGAACUCAGAACAGGAUGACAGGAGCGACGCCAUCCGCGUCUAUGCCAGAGGCGUCCGGGUCGUCGAGUCGGCACGCGGCCACGGGCUCAGGUCCCACUGUGGACUUUCAAGACUUCAAGGAGUUGUCCUCUGGUGAGGAGGAAGAGGACCUCUUCGACGAAAAGUAUAUCAAAAAGAAGGCAGCCAGGAAAGUGCGGCAGAACGCAGUCUACGGGACCCCGUUGGCCCCGCCUCCACGGCCCCCAAGCUAUUCGAGCGACGGACGCUUCCCGCGUCCUCGAAUCACGGGGUGGCCGUACCACAUGCUCGCAGUCCCUGAGGACUCCAAUCCUCGCGAGGCGGACCAUUGGUACGAUUUCGUACCCGUCACCACGGAGGACGCACAGCAGCUGCUGAGGGCUGCCGCCACCGAUCUGGGUCAGGCGCGUGCCCGGAUCCGACACUUGCUUCAGCAAGUUGAGCGGAAUUCAGCGCUGCAGGGGGUCCAGGGCAUCCGUGUUCUCGCAGAUGCGUGGCGGAACCCGGACAAGGCCCCCUACCUGCCGACUAUUCUGCACCCAGCGGCGUACACCACUCCAGGUAUGGAGUUCGCGGAUACCUCGCAUCUGCCGCCCCCCACUGGACGCCGUCCAGGCAUCCCUCUGAACGUCAUGAAGACGACUCGCCCGGUGCAGGAUCUCAACGGGCCUCGUCGGCAGCAGCCGCGCACCACCGACCCCCCGGAGGCUCACCGCGAAUGGUGGAGGUCCCAGCUGCUGUUGUAA